UGUGUGUGUGUGUGUGUGUGUGUGUGUGUGUGUGUGUGUGUAGGUGGGGGUAUAGUGGAGGUCUGUGAAUGGGUGUUUGUCCUUAGACUCCCCCUGCGUUUUCCUCCCACCUUCCUGUGAGUGCAUUGCAUAACUCUGCAGUCCAGGAAAAAAAGAUGUUGGGGAGCAGUGAUGUGAGCAAGCACAGGGACCUCCAAGGGAAAAUAUGCCUUAUGCCUCUCCAGGUCCAUCCAGGUCCAUCCCAUACCUUACAUUUAAUGUAUUUGGAUUAAAAGAAGGGAAAUAGAUAUAGAUCAGUGCUUUUCACCCUUAUGUGAUACAGUAAUAAAAAAAGACGUUUUUUGAAACAAGUGACACAUUACACACGUUCCGUCCAUUUUUAUUCAGUAAUCAGUUUUAACUCAAAUUGCCUGUAUCCGCCUCUUUCAGCUGUGCAUUCCCCUUAUUUUUGUUCCAAAGUGGAAGGUGGUUGGUUGCAGUUGUCUGGAAUCAUUCCACGUGGUGUGGAUGCGUAAACUUUGAUUGCAACAUUGUUGCAAUUACGCGCAUGUGUCAGGAGGAGGAUGAUUGCAUUGUUUGAUUUUGACGUCUACUUUCCUGUAGUAAUUAGAACUAACUUGAAACGUCCAAGCUAUUUUUUUGUCGAGAAUGAAACGAAACCGUUUCACCAUUCACACAAAUGUUAGUUCUAAACCCAGCCCCACGGAAGCAGGAAUGCCGGGGGGCGGCGGUCGUCUACCAAUGCUGAGCAAAGGGGAGAUACUAGACAGCAGCCUACAAAGCGCCCGCCGUCCCUUUGUCUUUACUUUGCAAAAGCGAGAGAAGGUGAAGAAGCGCAAUAACUCCGAACGCUUUUGCAGAAGUCUGGAUAUCCUGAUAAAAUUCCUGUCCCGCAGAAUGAGAUUCAAACGAAACGGCUCCUACACAUUGAAUAGGAAGGGGAAGGGGAAGCCGAAUGGUAAGAAGGCGGUGGUGGAGGAGAAGAAGCACUACCUGGAGCCCGAGUACACCAAGGUGCGCGUCGUCGACUUUGACCUCAAGGAGCUAGUCAUGUUGCCAUCGGAGAUAGACCUCAACGAAUGGCUGGCCUGCAACACGACCACCUUCUUCAACCUCAUCAACCUGCAGUACAGCACCAUCUCAGAGUUUUGCACGGGGGAGACGUGUCCGAACAUGACGGCUGCUUGUAGCCAAAUAUUUUCGUGGGAAGAUGAGAAACGGAAGAAGAUAAAAUGCACAGCACCCCAGUAUGUGGACUUUGUCAUGAGUCAGAUUCAAAAACUAGUCACGGAUGAAGAAAUAUUUCCAACAAAAUACGGUAAAGAGUUUCCCAACUCGUUUGAGUCGCUAGUGAAGAAGAUCUGCAAGUUCCUGUUCCAUGUCCUGGCUCACAUCUACUGGGCGCACUUUAAGGAGACGGUAGCUCUGGACCUGCUGGGCCACCUCAACACCCUCUACGCACAUUUCAUCGUCUUCGUCCGGGAGUUUAACCUGGUCGACCCCAAGGACACCUGCAUCAUGGACGACCUGUCGGAAGUCCUGUGCACCCCCCCGCCUCCCUCCGCACACAACCACGUCACCGAGAGAUGAGUGCUCUCCGAGGGUGCUGCGAUAACCUCCAUACCCUCACCAGGAACAGGACUAGAGCCUCCAAACGCCCCCCCACCCCGAUCCUCUCGCCUCCCUCCCUCCCUACCACACCCCCACCCCAAGAGCUCCUUCCUCUAUAAUCCACCCCAUUCCCCUCACUUUCCUACCUACCAAUACCCACCCCACCAAACCCAAGGCCUGGAUGCCUUUUAUUGAGGGGCUCAGAGACCUCCCACACAUGCAUACACGUACACACACACAUACUCGCUGGCUCGCACGUGCUCACUUCUGAUCAUUCUACCAUGGGGAGCGGUCAGAGGAAUAGUGUGUGUGGAGUGUGGAAGGUGGGGUGAGGACGACUGCGCUAGUUUCAGCUAGUACACUGCAGGGUUGCGACUCUCCCCCCACCCCACCCCACCCCACAUGUCGCCUACAUUACAAAUAAUCUAGGAGAAGUGUGUGGUUUUUUUCGUUGUUUUAAUUCUGUUGACUUUAUUUUGUUGAAUCUCUAUUUUUUUGUGGUUUUUAUUUUAAUCUUGGAAGCUGUGUGUUUUUAUUUGGGAGAGCGAUCACAAGACUUCGCAAGACUUCCCUCUCCGACUGUCUUAACAUAUAACGGUAGUGGCGCUGUUUCACUGUUUUCUUUUUUGUUUCUUUCUUUUUUUUUUUGCUGAAGACAGCGUUGCACAUCCUGAAGCCUUGUAAUGGCCACUACUCUAGCUCCCCCUUGUGGUGGGAGGACGUAUAUAGCGGGAGCAGGUGCUUCUCCCAAUCUCCAUCCAGCGUGGCUGUAAGCCCAGAAGCAUGGUGCGCUGGAGUCCUACUUAAAUGUGUGGUGUUGUUCUACUUUUUAAACAAAACUGUCUGAUGCCUGGGAUGAUCAAAGUGUUCUUUUACUCAGGACCUCAAAGAGAAACAUGUCACUGCUGCCAGAGAGAGAAAGCGGAUUCUCUCUUCUUCUUGCUAUCUCUUUUUGUUCUCUCUGUCCCUAUCUCUCUCUCUCUCUUUCUCUCUCUCUCUCCCUGUUGCAUUCUGUAAUGCUCUCAAUACUUUAAUCUGCAUUCUCUCUAUGUAUAGUACUGAACUCAAAUGCCUACCUAUCUUUAUUGUUAAAAAAAAAAGUCAUCACAUAACUCAGUAUUGGGUGCACACAUCCCUAGGCCAAGAUCCAAGGCUGAGCGUGACCGCAGCAUCAAAGUCAUAGAGAAUAUACCUACCCAUAUAUAUAUAUAUUAUAUUAUAUUUUAUAUUUAAUAUUUAAGGAGAAAUGGCAUGGGCCUGACCUCUUCUACCACCCCAAGUGAUGGUGGUGGCCUGACCUCCCUGAUCCUCCCAGUGAUGCACAGCGCAGGGUGAGCAGUUUCUGCUGCUAAUAGGUGUGAAGUUGGAGACCUGGGAAGGGAAGGGACAGGUGCACGUAUGCUGCGGUUGGGGUGGGGGGUGGGGGCGGCGGCUUGAUGGGACAAGGACACGGCUGAUCACUGCUCUCCCGCUGAGGUAGACGUGUGAUGGUGAGGGAGAGAAAGUCACUGGGUGACCGAACCGACCGACUGGCGCGUUUCAAUGCGUCGCACUGAUGACCCGACUACACGCCUCCGGUUUUAAAUGGCCCUUUGGUCUUCUUGUGUGUUUUUUUUUCUUUCUGUUCAUCUCCCUGUUUUAACGCUUUUAUUAAAAAGCAUCACAAGGCGUGAUAAAAGGAUGACGCCAAAUGAGCAUGCAAACAUGCACAUGCCAUUGCGUCAUUGGUCGUCAGAACUUUUUUUUGCCUCUGUCUAAAGGAGGUUUGGACAUUUUAUAUUUUUUAUUUAUUUUUUUGGUCUUAUUUGCAGGGUUCUUUCAGUUCUGGCUUUUCCUUUUAUCUAUUUUAAUUAUUCUCUUAAGUUAAAAGCAAUUUAAUAUUUUAUGCUCUGCAAAUUAUAAUCUAAUAAAAGACAAAAAUGCAUUUU